AUGGGACAAACAAGAGUGUUAAGCCGUUGCGAUUUGGCACGUGAAAUGCAUAAAUUAGGAGUACUCAAACAGGAGCUGCCAGUGUGGGUGUGCAUCGCUCGUUAUGAAAGCAAAUACAAUACUUCUGCCAUUGGGCGAUUAAAUGGAAAUUGGUCAAAUGAUUUCGGUAUUUUUCAAAUAAGUGAUCGAUUUUGGUGCGUUUCAUCACCAAAUAGAACAUCACUGAAUUUGUGCGCUGUGGAUUGUAAAUUAUUACUAAGCGAUGACAUAAGGGAAUCUGUUCGCUGUGCACAAACAGUAAAAAAACUACAAGGCUGGAAGGCAUGGGCUGUUUAUAGAGCUUGUAAUCGCAUCCUACCGAAUGUAAACGAGUGUUUUUAGGUAUAAAAAGUGUUUUAUGAUACAAACAAAAAGACAACUCAUAAAA